CUCACUCGCUGGAGCAGUUCUUGAAGACUUCUGAAGUGUACGCUUCCAUAUUUCUCCUUUUCUGAACUCCUGAAGAAAAUGUUCUGCUCAUUUGUUUUUUGCUCUUUGUGCUUUUGGCAUCUGGUUGUGAUUGAUCAUUCCGAUGCAGUGAAAACGGUGUCAGUGACUGUGGGAGAAACCGUCACUCUACAGACCAAUGUUACUCAGCUGCAGGAAAAUGAUCUGAUAUUGUGGACAUUUGGACAUCCAGACAGUCGUAUAGCUGAAAUCAAGGCUGGAAACGUCUCCACAUACGAUGAUGUUCCUGACGGGAGAUUCAGAAACAGACUGAAGCUGGAUCGUCAGACUGGAUCUCUGAACAUCACGAACAGCAGAACCACCGACUCUGGGAUUUACCAAAUGACCAUCAAGAGCAAGAAAGAAAACACAUUCAGAUUCAGUGUCACGGUCUACGAUGAUCUGCCUGUUCCCGUCAUCAGCCGUGACUCUUCACAGUGUUCUUCAUCAUCACCACCAUCUUGUUCGUUGGUGUGUUCGUCCAUCAAUUCGAAUAAUGCAACCCUCUCCUGGUACAAAAGAAACCAAUUCGUGUCCAGCGUCAGUUUGACUCAUGUCAGCUUCAAUCUCUCUCUGUUUCUGGAAGUGGAAUAUCAGGAUAAAAACCCCUACAGCUGUGUGCUCAAAAAUCCCAUCGGCAACCGGACCACACAUCUCAACUUCACUCAACUCUGUGGCACAUGUGAAGUUGUUGUUUCAGAAGGCCACGCCCAUUGUUGUGAUUCUGUUGAAGCUGCGCUCCGAUUGGUCGUCACUGCUGUGAUGGGAGUGGCUGCUGCGACUGCUGUUUUUGGUUAAUGACAUCUGAUCCUCAAGAGGCUAAACGGAGAAAGUUUUGGAGAAGUUUCGAGUCAACAUUUCUGUCACCAUAACUGUGAAUUUUGGACGAUUUUGCUGUUGCAUCUACUCGAUUAUUUUAAAUUUAGAAAUGUUUAUUAAAACUGGCUCCAGGGCUGCUUUUCCAAAAGCAUUGAAAGCCAAUUUGAUUAUUAUGGAGACCAAUAGAUCUACAAUCUACUUGGGCUUUCAACACUUUUCCAAAAAUGAAACGUGAAACAAGACUUGUAGAGUCUGCAACAGCAAAACAGUGUUCUGUUUGGCACGGCCCAGCUUAAAUGGCCGGCAAACAGCAAAACACUGCAGAAGAAGCAAAAAUAACAAAUAACAAAAUAAGAGUCCUUUUUCAUUCUGUUCAUGUAAAUCAGUAUACAAUCAUCAAUUUGUAUACUGACAAUGAUUCAGUAAAUAAAGCAAUGUACAAUAGUCAAACAUACAAAUCAUUUGAUCAUUUAGUUCAUAGUUUAGUUAAUAUUUGGAGCGAUGGAUGCCUGGACGAAGGCUUAAUUUUUCUGAAAACCUAAAAUAUAUGACUAGAAUUAAGAUUGUUUCAGUUCUUUUGCUUGUAGCUCAAAAUGAAAUUAUGGACAGCAUGGGUAUGGUUAAUGAUGAAUCAGCUCAUUCCUCAUCUGUGGAGCUAGCAUAGCAAUAGCUGAGAGACAACCCACAAAAGACAAAAGGCCAUUACCCACCAGGUACAUCAAUGAGAAAGGAAUUGUUACACUAAGCAGGCAGCAAUCUUUUUUUUACCAAAUCAACUAAAAGGUCACAGGCUGCAUGCAACCAAAGCUUCAUGAAGGAGGUGAAGAAGCACUUCGUGAACACGAACAUGCAAUCUGAAAGGUUUUCAGUCACAACCGACGGUCACGUGACUAGGCUGCUUCACGUUUAUAAUGUUAAUACUAUCUCUAACCAGGAGAGGUCACUCUAGACGAUCCCUUAUUCAUUUCAGCGCCGUAGGACAUGCACUUUAAACAUUCAGUAACAUUAGCAAACAAUAAAUGAAAAAGUGACAAUAAAAACGGUAUUUUCCAGUCAA